CUUGGUAAAAUGGGAGGGGGGAGUCAAAAUGACAGAACUCUAACCAGACUGUUUCCUCCACAUUUUUCACAUUAGGGCUUAGAUCAUUGUUGUCAGGCCCCCACAAACUCAAUGUUUUCCAAAAUUGUGAUCUGUUAGGGACAUUUCACCUUUCCAUUUAAUUUAGGUAGAAAUAAUCACAGCUAAACUAUGAUUGAGCUAGACAUUCUUCCCCCCUCCCCCCCCAUCUAACUCAGAAGAUUCUGAACACAGCAUGUUUGCAAUGACAUUCAGUGUUACCUACUUUACUCUGUGGCCUCCUUCCUAGUGUUGUCAUCUGAAAUCAAUACAUAAUUUACAUAGCAUCCAGUAUUUACAUAGCAUCAUCAAUGUGGCCUUUCUUUUUCCUUUUUUAUUUUUUUUUUCUCUGUGACCAUAGAUAUUGCUUGAGCUAUCUCAGAUGCAGCUCUGGGCUGCCUCCAUAGGAGUCGAGCUAUAUAUAGCCAAUGACCAAGUUCAGGAUACCGGAAAAUAUACUAAUGCCACAAAUUCAGAAGAAAAAAUACUUCUUGGGGCUAUAAUUAAGCAUGCAAUCAAAAUUCCUGAAAAUUCUGGAUACCAGCCUACUGCUUCAUUACCUACCACUAUUAGUCUUGAAUUUGCAAAGCUUCCAGACAAUCCUACACUACUGUCUGUUGACAUGGUUAGAAAGACCUCCAUGCCAAAGACAACCGUAUCUUGCCAUUUUUCCAAAUUGAGUCUGCCCAGGGAUUAUGAAUUCACUGGGAUUCAAGAACCUGCUUAUGAGAAGGACGUUGAUUAUGUAUGUGGAAACCAAGUCAUAGCAACAAAACAAUAUUUCUCUUUGGAGCAUGGAAGGACUUUCAUAAACUUUGCUAAAUUUAGUGCAUAUAAUGUCUAUGACAUGUUGAAAUCAUACUUUUCACAGAUGCCAGGACCAUCGACUAUAUUCAAAUUUUACAAUGAGUUCAUAACACUUACAACUAAGAUCCAAAAUGUAAGUGCAGAAGAAACUCAAGUAGAUACUAUUGAUGACAAAAUAUGUUCAGGAAAAUAUGGAGAAUUCAGUCAAAUUGGUCUCAGAAACAUGGAUUUUCCAACAAAGUUCCAAUCCUUCAACUUCUGCAAUUUUAAACUACCCAUAGAUCAGCUUCAGUGGUUUGUCAGUGAUUACUGCAAAAUCAACUUGAAAACCACUGAAGUAGUUUUUGGACAAAUAUCCGUUGAAGAGCAAUCUCCAACCAAAACAUUGACCAUUGCUUCAGCCACUCCAUGUUUGAAUGAAGGAUGGCUCACAGAGUUUAAUACAACCUACACGAAGAAUAUCUCUGACAAGUCACCAAAGCUACAGGAAGUGUUCAGUACACAUGACUGUGAACUUGCUAUUCAGACAGCCUAUCACCCAAAGGCUCUGCCAGCACCAAAGUAUGCUUAUUCAGCACUUGACUCUUCAAAGAAAAUAAAUUUUGAGCUAUCCCAAACAGAGCAUCAUUCUACUGUCUCCUUUGGGAAACAGAAUCAGGUUACCUUGGAAAAUUGGACAUCCUAUGACCAAGGCCAAGAUUAUGAGGAAAUUCUUAAUCUCUCAACUUCAUACAAACAGAAGUAUGCUGAGAACGUAAAUAAUCAAUUAACAAAUAGUCCCCAAUUUUCUGAAUGUCAGCCUCAGGACAAUUUAUCACAGUCCAAGCAGAACAAUACUGUUGAUAUUGAGAGUUCUAAAACAUUAGAAAAUGAAAGUUAUAAAAUAACUGCAGAGGAACAAGAUUUUCUUGAUAAAAUGAGUACUGUGUCCAUGUCAAGUGCUGCUUUGACUCACAAUUUUUGUUUGCUACCAUUUUCUAAGAAGUGCAAAGCUUGCCAUUCCAUUGUGUUUCAUGGAGUUGAAUGUAGUAGAUGUUCCCUCAUUUUCCAUUGGGAAUGUUUGGGAACCCUGUGCAUAACUUGUGGCCAUCAGAAAUGUAAUUUCAAAGCUGAAGGUAAAGGUGCAAUUUCCAAUAAAAUUGCCAGAGAGAAACCUGAUGCUACUCCCUCGACAAGGAAAACAUCUAGUACUUCCUCAAAGAGGAAAACAUCUAAGUCCAAAUCAAAAACACGUUCUUUGUCAACAAAGGUCAAUUCUCAUUCAAGUGAAAAUGUGUUGAAAACACAAAUACCAUAUGACUAUAUGGAAACGUUAAUGGACUACUUAGACGUACCUGAACUUAGUACAGAUGAGAUCAGUAACUUGUUUCAAUUCUACCUUGAAGAGGUAGCUAUUAGAUUAACCCAAAUUGAGUAUCAAGAUGAUUUCGUCGCGGGAAAUUGGGUAAAUUAUGAUGAUUAUGUAAAUUAUGAUGAUUAUUUAUUUGACCAAGAUUUAAGAUAUGGUUUUGCUAGACCCUCAACUUCAGGCAUAAAGAAAACUUACAGGUAAGAAUAAUAUAUAGAUGAAAUUAUUUCAAGACACAGAACAAUUGUUGCCAAUUUUCUGUUAAGUGUAUGUCUUUUCUAACAGUGAGAUAACUGACUUUAAAAUUUUCUGGUCUUAGACCCAGAUGGUUCUGAAGCCCAUUCCAAAUCCUUGACAUACUGUCCUACCUUUCCUUCU